UUUCGCAUUAUUUUACCGUCCAUUAGAUCUUGAAAUUAUUUAAUUUUGCAAUUUGUAUGCAUUAGUACCGUAGCCAGAAAUGGCUUUACUGACGUAAUGCACGUCAUAAAGAGCUAUGAUCUAAUGUUCCAAGUUCAAGGGGAUAAAGGCUAGCUGUAAUCGGUCAAAGAAAAAAACACAAGAGCAAAGGUUCUUGAAUUUGCUCUUGAAAUCGAAUCGACGAACGUGAUGCGAAGAAUGCGUCUAAAACGCAAGUUCAUUGAUAGAUAUGGAAAUUAGAGGCUAUGCAAAUGAGACGUAGAGGAGCGAUUGAUAAUCAUCAAUCAUGAAAAAUCAUGUUACGAACGCGUCGCAACAGUUCGUCGAGUUUUUCUCCCGAGUCGCAUGCUGGUCAUGGGAGACCCUCGAAAAGUUACUCGACAUCUUUCUCGAUUUCUUGACGAGGAUAAUCGAAUUGAUACUAGCGAUGAUGAACCUGAUUUUCCAGGUGAUAUGCUUCCUAAUGGGUCUCUGUAUCGACGCCAUGCAAACGUUCGCGAAUAUCUUCCGAGGAAUCGUAAACGUCGUUAGCAAAAUUAGCUGCGAAGAGAUCGAAGAUUUCGCAUCUGCUUGCAUCGUUGUUCUACUUUGGAUCUGUGCUUUCAAGAUCCUCAAGAAUUUGAUCAAGCGUAACGCGUUCAGUCUGUUUGGCUCGAGAAACGUGAACGGGAACAAUAAUAACAAGUUUGAGAGAUACAGGCUAGAAGCUUGUCCCCCAAGGAGAAGGGCAGGGAAAAGGGUGAAUCGACGUUACGAGAAACGAUCUCGAACCGCUCCCAAGGAAGAAGAAUUGGGUGACUAGAAUAAAAGAAAAGAAAAGAUUCAAAAAAAAGGAAGACUGCAAAGUGUAUAAAACUUGUACGAAGAAAACUAGAAAAUAAAUCAUGUUUUCUUAUAAAUAUUAUUCCUUAUAUUCCGUUCUAUUAUACAUAUCCUUUUUAAUAUAAAAAUUGCCAGA